UUAUGCCUGUGUUGUGGCAGCCCUGAUGGUUGCGCUGUCAACUGGUUCUAUACCUACGUUUUAGCUUACUUUUUUAGUCUUAAAAAUUCAUUCGUCGUAUGCGUAAAUAUACGCUAACCUAAGUUUUGUUAUGAGUUCAAUAAAAAUGCUAGUUGAAUUUUGAUCGCGUCGUGUAUUUUCUCAAUGAGCUUUUAUCGUUAUCGCGAAAAAAUGCAUUAAAACUUCAACAUGGUCCUUCGGAAGCCGAAUUAAUUUAACUUUUCGAGUAAAUCAGUCAUUUGUGUUAUCGAGUGCUAUUAUCGAGUUCGUGAUGCCGUCAUCCUACACCAAGCAGCGAGGUACGGCGAAGGCGCAAUUCACGGAAAUAAAAACGUGGAUUGAAAAUGAGAGUGACAACGCCAAUUUAUCGAAACUUAAGACUAAAUUGGAAAUGCUUGACAAAGACUUCGAGAAAUUCACCAAGGCACAAGAGGAGAUUGAGGCGGCAUGUGACGAUGAGGCAAUGGAUACAGAGCUGGAGGAACGCCAUGCGUUGGAGGAGUUAUACUGUGAGCUCAAAUCGAACCUAUUAGACCUCAUCGAAAGUAAAAGACCUGAACAGAGUAACGUAUCUCAUAAUUCACAUGCAUGUUAUAAUGAAAAAUUAGACAUCGAGUUGCCUAAAAUAAAAGUUGACGUUUUUGAUGGCAAAUACGAGGAAUGGUUUCAAUUUCACGAUAUGUUCAUUGCAUCUGUCGAAAAGAGAAAAGGCCUAUCUGAUGCUCAAAAGUUCUAUUACCUCCGAAAACACCUCAAGGGUGAGGCCCUCCAAGCUAUUGGUCAACUCAAGAAUGAGGAUAAGAGCUACAAAAUCGCGAUGGAUAGGCUAAAGUUUAGAUAUGCUAAAGAACGUUUGAUUUUAAAUGCUCAUUUGAAGGCAUUACUUUCAGUUAAUAACUGUGAAGGUAAUCCAAAUUCGUUGAGAACAUUAGCUGAUACAGUAACGGUUAAUGUGCAGUCUGUCAAUAAUCUUGGUUAUGAGUCAAACAAGCUCUCAGAUGCCAUUAUUGUGUAUAUUGCAUCAUCCAAACUUGACUCGCGUACUCGCGAACUAUGGGAAACGAAAUUGAUCUCUCUACCUAAAGACUGUGAUGACAUACUUACCACGUUUGUCAACUGCAUUGACGAACGCGCAUCCACCUUACAAGCCAUGCCACCGCCUCCUCCGCCUCCUCUGCCACCUCUGCGUACCUACACACGUACAGGUAAAGAAAAGGACGAUCCUAAGGCUAAACAAACAGUUCGUACCAAUGCAACCAGCGUUGAAAACCCAUCUCAGACUACUACAUAUGCGUGCCCAUUGUGCUCCAAGAACAAAGAGCAUCAGCUAUUCGCCUGUCCUGUCUUCAAGACCUAUACAUGUGAUCAACGUAUCGACUUCGUGCAGAAGAAUAAUCGUUGCUUUAACUGCAUGAGAACUGGCCAUAGUGCCGCGAGUUGUCGUUCUAUGAAGUGUAAGGAGUGUGACAAGCCACAUCAUACCCUUAUACAUCGGAAAUCGAAGUCUACACCGCCUGAAGGUACUCCUGCAACCGACGAGGUAAAGUCCGGGCCUAAACCCCCACCUACUGAUUCUGUCAAUGCAAAUACUGCUACAAUUCGUGAUGCUAAACGAGUACUUAUUGCAACUGUCUGUGUUUUACUUGAAUCUGGUUCAGGCGAGCGAUUCCCUGUUCGAGCUAUGCUUGAUCCUGGAGCAGAGGAGAAUUUCAUUUCUGCCAAGCUUGCUAAUCAGUUAGGUUUGAAAACUAGGCGCAGACCUGUUCAAAUGGUUGGACUGAAUGGCGCGAAGUCCAAUGCAUCCCACGAAACAACAGUUAAAUUUUUCUCACGUGUAUCUGAUUAUUCUUCUACUACGAAUGCAAUUAUUGUGCCGCAUGUCACCUCCGUGAGCCCCCCCUCUACCUUAUGCGCGUCGCAUGUGUUUAAUAUACCACUUACCCAAUUGGCUGAUCCAGAUUUCGACAAACCUGGACAGAUUGAUCUAUUAUUGUGUGCCGAAUAUUACCUCGAUAUCUUUACUGACGGAUAUGUAAAGGGUAAUGAAAAAUGUCCAUCUAUGCGAAAUACUGUGUUUGGUUGGAUUAUUUCAGGACGAACCUCCGCAACCAACUCAACAACUGUGUCUGUUAAUCGUUGUGAAAUUGCUCGUACCUUAGAGAAAUUUUGGGAGAUGGAAGAAAUCUCUGUCGAGGUUCUGCGCAGUGUUGAUGACGAAUACUGUGAAAAAUUCUAUGCUGAGACUGUGUCGCGCGACUCUACUGGUCGCUAUACCGUGCGCCUACCAUUCAAGUACAGUGCUGAGAAAUUAGGAGAAAGUCGAGAUACGGCACUCAAAAUUUUGAAUAGUUUGCGUCGCCGUUUAAGCAGUUCACAAUUUGAAUCGUGUAAAGCAUUCAUGGACGAGUAUCUCGCAUUGGGUCACAUGUCCCCAGUACCUCCUAUUCAAAACAACGAGCCGCAUUUUUAUCUACCUUACCAUCCUGUGUUCAAGCAGACCAGCAUCACAACGAAAACACGAAUCGUAUUCAAUGGUAGCAAACCUACAUCCACUGGAGUCUCAAUCAAUGACAUCCUGCACACUGGCCCUGUGCUACAGGGUCGCCUAUUCUGCCUCCUUAUUCGUCUUCGUACCUACAUAAUUGCAAUUUGUGCUGACAUUGCAAUGAUGUACCGACAGGUACGUAAGCACCCUGAUGACAGACGAUUUCAACGAAUUCUUUGGUUUGACAAAGAUUUUAAUAUUCAAGAUCAUGAACUAAAUACUGUGACUUAA